AAUGGGCUACUCUUAUCAGUAAAUAAGCCCAGCAAAAGCUCCAGAAACCCUAGUCCCCAACUAUUUAUUCGUUCCUUACCGCCGAUUCUAGGGUUUUCACACUUCCAAUCAAUCGGCGAGACUUCAAAGAUGGCGACACAAAUCAGCAAGAAGAGAAAGUUUGUAGCGGACGGUGUGUUCUACGCUGAGCUGAACGAGGUUUUAACCAGAGAGCUUGCGGAGGAUGGUUACUCUGGUGUGGAGGUUAGGGUUACUCCGAUGAGGACUGAGAUUAUCAUCAGAGCCACACGUACUCAAAAUGUUCUCGGUGAGAAGGGAAGGAGGAUCAGAGAGUUGACAUCUCUUGUGCAGAAGAGAUUCAGGUUUCCUCAAGACAGUGUUGAGCUUUACGCUGAGAAGGUGACCAACAGAGGUCUCUGCGCUAUUGCUCAGGCUGAGUCUCUUCGUUACAAGCUUCUCGGAGGACUUGCUGUCCGCAGGGCUUGCUAUGGUGUCUUGAGAUUCGUCAUGGAGAGUGGUGCUAAAGGAUGCGAGGUGAUUGUGAGUGGAAAGCUUCGUGCAGCACGUGCCAAGUCCAUGAAAUUCAAGGACGGUUACAUGGUUUCCUCCGGUCAGCCAACCAAGGAUUACAUCGACUCUGCUGUCAGACAUGUUCUGCUUAGACAGGGUGUUCUCGGAAUCAAGGUGAAGGUCAUGCUUGACUGGGACCCUAAGGGAGUAAAUGGACCAAAGACACCACUGCCUGAUGUUGUCAUCAUCCAUGCUCCCAAGGAGGAAGAUGUCAACUCUGCACCUGUUCAGGUUGCUGCUCCGGCUGCCCUUGCACCGGAAGCUCCCCUCACAGCAGUAGACUACCCUGAGAUGAUCCCAGUCGCCUAGAAGAAAGAAUCUCUUUUUACUACUAUGUGAUUUUGCUCUGAUAACUUUUCUGCUUUUUUUUGACAGUUUAUAGUUAUAUCGUAUCUUCGAAUCGGACACCUUUCUUCAAAUCUUAUUUCUAAAAAUGUUCCAACUUUUUUAUCAAGUUAAUUACUUUAAUCA